AUAGCCAGUAGAGCUCCGACUAGACCUGUCUCAGGGCAGUGUGAGUCGACGACAUGCGUACCGCACUAUUCUUCGCCGCUCUGACCGCGUCCGCCCUAGCAGGGCCGACUGGUCAACGAACCUCUUGCGCGCUCCACUGCAACGACGCCGAUAUAUUUACCUACCAAACAGGCAAGAGCUAUGAGUACGACUACUCUGUGACCACCUCCACCGCCCUCCUGGGAACCUUCGAUGAUGACGCCCACAUGAGCAUCACUGCCAAGGUUCACAUUGAUAUCUCCGCUCCCUGCGAGCACUCACUCAGGCUGACAGAGGUCACCCUGGAUGGCUCCUCCCACACGGAGGAGUUCGCUGCCGCCAUCAGUAAGUCUCCCCUGCGCUUCUCAUUCCAAGAUGGCCGCGUGGAGAGCGUCUGCAGCGAGGUGACUGAGCCUGCUUGGGUCCUUAACUUCAAGCGAGGUGUUCUCUCGACCUUCCAGAACUCCAUGACUCAUGUGGGGAACGAGGACGUUCAGGAGACCGACAUUUCUGGAGUCUGUACAACCCACUAUAAAAGUGUAAGUGACGACAACGUAAUAACAGUAGAGAAGACCAAAGACCUAAAUUCUUGCACUGGACGAUCCAACUCUGCAUCUUACAUCGCUUCCAGCGGCUACCUCACCGACUCCCCCGUCCAGAGCCUCCCAAUCUUCAAGAGCACAAACAAAUGUAACCAGAGAAUAGAAGACGGGGUCCUCAGGAUGGCAGAGUGUGAAGAAACCCACAAGUUCCGUCCCUUCUCCAGUGAGGAAGGUGGUGCUGUGACCACCGCCAAGACCACCAUGUUACUUGUAUCUCAAAACAGACCGGCUGUUCCAGUUACUGACUACCAGUUUUACAGCAAGUCCUUGGUGUUUGAGCAGAUUAACACUCCUAAUGGACAAACACAGACUGAAGUUAUUGAGAAGCUAUUGAGUGAUCUAGAGGUGGCAACACAUGAGGAAAUCCUUCCCGAGGUUCCAGUUCUUUUCUCCACUCUUGUUGCCUCUCUUAAAGGCCUUGAUUACCCGACCCUUAAAACCAUAUACACAAACACCAAGGAAAUCCAUUCCCGCAAGUUCCUGAUAGACGCCAUGCCUCUGGUGGGAACAGCCGCUGCUGUUGGUGUAGUCAGAGAUAUGUUCAUUAACGGUGACAUGACAGACGCUGAUGCUGAUGUAUGGUUCACCUCAUUGGCCUUCGUCAAGAAUCCAACUUCGGAGAUGUUCACUGCUCUUGCGCCUCUUCUGGAAAGCAACCCUAGUCAGGACGCGAUGCUGGGAACUUCUGCUCUUGUUAACACUUACUGUAAAAUCCAUCCUGAUUGUGGUGAUGACUCAGGCAUCCAGCAAGUUCUUCGACGUAUCGAAAGGCACCUUGGAUCUGGGUGUCGUACAGUUAACCAAGAGGAAAAGAUGAAGGUGCUAAUGACACUAAAAGCCCUGGGUAACGCUGGACGUUGGGUUAACGCCAACCCUAUCUUACAACGUUGCUAUACCGAAGAUAAUGACAUGGAAGUUCGUGUUGCUGCAAUUGAAGCCUGGAGACACACUCCUUGUGAAUAUGACCGCUCUAACCUUCUGGCAGCCUUCCAAGAUGAGACUCAAGAUACGGAGGUUCGCAUUGCUGCUUACCUCGCUGUCAUGACCUGUCCAACACCAAGUUUCAUUGACACUAUCAAGGAUCGCCUUACCUCCGAAGGUGUCAACCAAGUUGGCUCCUUCAUCUGGACUCACAUGACCAACUUGCAAGAGUCAGCCGCCCCAGGUAAACAGUGGGUACGUGAGUUGAUCGGCGAGGAACUCCUCCAGAAGAAGUUUAACACUGAAGCUCUUAAGUUCUCUCGUAACUACGAGUCUUCUUUCUUCAUGAAUGAACUGAACGCUGGAGCAGCUGUAGAGAGCAACGUCAUUUUCUCUAGCAAGUCCUUCCUGCCACGAUCAGCCAUGCUUAACCUCACUCUCGACCUCUUUGGUGAAUCUAUCAACCUCUUUGAGGUCGGUGGCCGCAUUGAAGGAUUUGAGGCAUAUGUUGAACGCUUCUUUGGACCUCAUGGAUAUUUCCCACAAGAGACCGUAGAGGGAAUAAUAAAAGGCCUGCGUCAACAGAAACCUGAUCCUGAAGCUACCACCUUGGAGGGAAUCCUCGACCAAGCAACUGAUGAGCCAGAAGGUUCCUAUUACCUCCGCGUCUUUGGCAAUGAACUACAUUACAAUCACUUCCAUGGUCUGGAGAACCUAAUGAAGACAUCUGGAGCUUCCAACCCACUAGAGAUUCUGAUGGAGCUUGCUCGUAAAGGUGAUGUUGAUUACACAAAGUCUUACCAACUGAUGGAUGCUCAUUACACCAUCCCCACCGUGUCUGGCUUACCAGUGACACUCACUGCUAAAGGUACAGCUACUCUUGCCUUGAGAAUGAAUGGUAAUUUCAAGGCUCAAAGCCUCAAGAAUAUUAACAUUGAGGGUCACAUCCACCCUUCAGCGGCUGUACAAAUGGACGGCCUCAUGGUUGUUGAUGCACACGUCACCCGCACAGGAAUGAAGAUCUCCUCCACCCUCCACACUUCCACCUUCCUCGACGGUAAAGUCCAGAUCGAUGGAGGGAAGCUUGUUGACAUUGCCUUCAACACUCCCAAGGAAAAGAUUGAGGUUAUCGAUGUUAGCACCAAAUUCUUUUACUUAGAAGAUGACCAAGAGAUCCAAAAGGAAGUAGAAGAGACAGUGGAAUCUGAAGGCUGUGUACGUAUAGUUAGUGGAAUUGAAGCCUGCAGCGAUAUAACUUAUACCCCAAGCUCUGCCACUAGCCCGAGAUUCCCACUCACAGGACCAACCUCUCUUCACUUGUAUUUCAAGAAGACUGAUACCCAGACUGGAUACAUUUUACGCUUCGUUCGUGAAACUAAUGAAAUACGUUUCCUGUUUGACACACCAGAGUCUCAAGUAGACCACAAAGUACAGCUCACCAUUUCAAAAGAAAAUCAAGCUAUAAAUUUCGACCUUCAAACACCCUGCAUAUCUAUUCAAGGUAAUGGCGAGUAUACAUGGAAAAGAAACAACAAAAAUAUGAAAUUAACUCUCUCAGUGGAUAACUCUGAGAGGUACACACUGGAGACUGGACUUCAAGAGAGCAGAGGGGAUAUCAUGAAAAUCGAGCCAAUGUUAAUAAUUUCAUCUCCAAGAGGGGAAAUAAUUAACUCAAGGGGAAAAUUCCAGGCCAAUACAGCUGGUGCCAAGUAUGCCGCUGAAGUUACCGUAUCCGGAGUGACCGCCUCUCCAGUCAUCAUUCGAGGUUCCUAUGAAGGUGAAGACAAGUCUGCUGGCGUAACCUUUGUGCUGGAUACUCCCAUUUAUGACAUCAAUUUCAAGGGGCAAAUUGGACACGAGGAAAACUUUGUGACUUCUAAAGCUGACAUUGAGUACACCACGUUAGAGGGAGACAGGCAUAUGAUCCAUCAUUCUGGCCUUUACAAGUGGGAAACAUCUGAGGAACUGACCACAUACUCAAUGAAUUUUGUACUGAAUCCAACCCAAUUUCCGGAAAUGUCUCUUUUAUAUGACUACAAAAUUAUGAUUUCCAAGGGUCGAUUGGAAGUAAGCGGAGAGUUAACCAUUGGACCUAUCACCUAUUACGUGGAAGAAGUCUAUUCGUAUACCAACGAAAACAACCAUCUUGAUUUCAGCCUCCGUACAUCAAUGAAAUGUCCUUAUUACCAAUUUGAUAUCCUGGCUUACAAGGAACUUAAGAUUGGGCCAAAUUACGUAAAUAGCAAGUUAAUGACUCGACAUGCCCCUGGGAAGGAGUACUUGCUCACUGUGGACCUAAACAAGAAUGAGGAUGUUGAACUCUCAGGCCGUAUUAGUGUUCAGUGUGAAGAAGGAACGCUCACUACGGAGGUUCUUCUCAGUAAGAUUGCCAGUGGUCAUUACAAGGCUCAGGGGAUUGCCAAGGUUAUAACAACAGAAGAGAUGACCUGGAAGCUGGAGGGAACUGUGCAGAAUAAAUCGAUACCUGAGAAAGUUCAUAUUCUUAUGGACGGUAAUUAUGAAUCACCAGUCAACGCGGUGACAGUCCAUUCAGGUAUCUAUGCUGAUAGAGAGAAGGCCACUGUUGACUUCAAAACAGAUAUCAAUGAUCAAAAGUUCUCCAUGACAAUAGAAGGUACACGUAGCUCCCUACUCGUCGACGCUAGCAUCUACAGACAUAUCCUUAUCAAUGCUUAUAUUAAUACAGUAAAUGAAGUACAGAAGCUACUCGUAAGUGUUGAAUGGGAUAAAGAUGUGGACCCUACUAAAACUUUCACCAUAAAUGGAGAGCUGUCACCAAGUGGAGUUGGAGCUGGCUUCAAGUUUGCCGAAAUGGAAAUGACCGCUUCCUGCAGACUUGUUAAUAAUGGAGUAGAGUUGGCAGCCAUGUGGGCACCUGACAAGAGAGUUUUGGCCCAUGUUCAUUACUCACUCGACGACACCAAGUCUCUGGCCAUUACAGUAGAGACACCAUUCCAAGGAUGGGAAAAACAGGACGCUACAUUUACAGUCUCUCUCAAGGAUUAUGAAAUCACCAGUCGUGCUGCAGCUACCUGGAAGAACGCUGAACAGAUGGCACUUACAAUCAACGGCAAGUUCCAACCCGGUCUCUCCAACAAUGCGCUCAAGACCCAAAUACUCUUCAGCAGCAGCUUUGAAAAUUUCGAGCGCAUAACUUUCACUGUUGACCACACUAUGGCCGGUGCCACCAUUAACACCAACAUUGUGGGGCUGUGGAACAAAAAUGAAAUGAAGGGCAACUUCCAGCUCACUCCCAACGAAACUGGAGUUGAUGCAAGAGCCACUUUCAUCUCUCCGUUCACAGAGGAAGUUCUUGUUACCCUGCAUCACGAGUUACAUGACAUGGCAUUGACUACCAAGCUGGAGGCCAAAUACGGUGCUGAGACUUCCACCAUUACAAUGAAGGGCCACGUGGACCUCGGUGAUGUACACGACAUCACUCUUGUCGUUAAAGCAAUUACUCCUCUCGCUGCUUUCGAUGCUAAUAUCAAAUACACGUUGAAUGAAGAUAACAUUAAAAUCUUCGCUGAAGGUAAAGUGGGUGAGAAGCAAGUGUUGCUGAAUAUGAACGGCGAGAAAACAGUCACAGACGGUUCAACAGCUGUCUCAGGAGACUUGAAAUUUAUCACUCCUUUAACAUAUCCUUUAACCGCGACCUUCUCCCACAGUCAUGACGGACAACAAUUUACCUCCCAGUUGGAGAUGACCAGAAUAUGGUCAACAUUUGGCACCCUCAAGAUGCAUGCUGAAGGCCACAUGAUCUCCAAGAAUGACAUAGUAUUCAAUGCUAUACUGAGCAGUCCUGAUACUAAAGCUUCAGUUAAGGUUAAUCAUAAAAUUGCUGAGAGCAACUUGGCGUCUACUGUUGAUGUUACCGUCAACGGCGAGCGUAUUUUUGUCUCCAUCAACGGUAUCUUAGACGCCUUAAAUAACCUUGCCAAUCUUGAAGGAGAAGUGACCUCCACCUUCAAUGGUUUAGACGACAUUAAGGUGAAAAUUGAGAGCCAAAAGGAUUCAAAUACACGUACAUCAAAAUUCAUUCUAAUGAAAGGAAGUAAGUCUGUGAACAUUGUUCACACCAUUCGCUAUGAUGACUUGCUGAACUGGGAAAACUCCUUCACUAUUAAUGACAACUUUAAGUUACGUAACAAGCAGUCUCAUCUCAGCACUGCCUACGUCCAUGAGCUAGAGUCUAUGUGGAAUAAUGAAAGAGUGCACGUGACAGGAACUAUUGAUCCCAUAAUUUCUGAGAAUUCCCGUAAAAUUGACGCACAAAUCAACGUUGCUACUACUUUUGAGUAUUUUGAGAACAUCAACGUUAAUCUUAACUACGAAGACAAUGGAACUGAAUAUAAACCUACACUGUCAAUUGAAUAUAAACCAGGGAGCAUUAUUGAAAUUGCCUCGGUGGUUAAGUUUAAUGCAUCUUCUUUUUAUACUGAAUCUUCUCUAACAACUCCCUUCUGGCAGCCUUUGGGUUAUAAACUUCAACUUGACUUCCUGCCACAGAAGACAGCUACUCUUGUCCUUACGCGAGGAGCCAACAAGACUGUCAUUAACAUAAAUGGAACUUGGGAACAAGGAAAAUUAGAUGGACGUUUGGAAAUUCGCUCAACGUAUUUAACAGCACCAAUCUCAGUAGAAGUAAUGUAUGACAUCACUUCGUCAGAGAAGAAAGUUCGUGUAGCAGUAAUUACUGACAGCAGAUACGAGUUCAGUGGCUCAUACAUUGGUAACGCGAUGAAUCCCAAAUGGUCCUUAGCAGCUGUACUUCCAUUUGAGGAAAUCAACUCCAUAGAAUUCAGCGGUGAAUAUCAGAUCAUGGCUAUGCCAUUCACUGUGAACACUGUGCUAAAGUUAAAUUCAAAAACUUACGCAAUUAAUGGUAAAGUUGAUACAAACGAGUUCCUGAUAAAUGCAGAUGUUAAUGGUGUGAAGGGCAGUCUUGCUAGCAAAUGGUUUUACCACCCCACCCAUGCUAAUAUUGAAGUUAAACUUCAGUCUCCAGUAAGUACAGUGAACAACAUGGCUGUGUAUGCCAUGUACGACUUUGAAACUCAGAAGAAGAUACACGUAAAACUGACUCGUGACGCUCAGGAAAUCGAUUUAAUUGGCAAACUGGAAGGCGAAACUGUUGUCUUCACAGGCACAACUCCUUUCAAUGGCUGGGAAACUCUCAAUGCAUCAUUCUUCAUCUCCCAAUCUGCUAUCAAUGCAUUCAUCGCGAGGAACGACCAAAAAAUUGAAGUAACAGGCACCCUACACAUUAAGCGUAUCAAGGGAAAGAUUGAACUUGCUAUCAUCACUCCAUUUUCUAAUUAUGAGACCAUUUCUGUAAAAGCAAUAUAUAAUUUAUAUGGAGAGACCAAAAAAGUUGAGUUCAAAUCCACCUUUGGCACUGAGGAACUCUCUCUGAAAAGUAUCAUUAAGGUCAGUAACCCACUUGCUCCUGAAAUCAAAUUGGACAUCAUCACUCCAUUUGAGGCUGUCAAGGCUCUCGGCGGAGUAGCUCAAUGGAACUGGAAGGACUCUGUGAAAACUGCUGAGGUCAAGACUUACCAUAAUGAUGUUUCUUACAGGUGGCAUUUGGAAGCUGCUGCUGAGAGCCUUCUGAAGGGAUAUGCCACCUUCAAGGUCAUCACUCCUUUGGCAGGUUGGACUGAUGUGUCUGUGAAAGGAAGCUUCGACUUCAGAGCCAUGCCUUAUAAGGUAGCCUUGGUAUUCAAUAAGGAAGGUGUUAUUAAUGCCUUUGAAGGUAAUAUUAACCUAACCCAAAAUAACAUAUCUGGAGAGUUCACAACACCUAUUGCAGACUGGGAGAAAAUCAUACUGAAUGGUACCUACAACAUGGAGAACGAUCACCUCACUGGGCAUGUUGAAUUUAACAUGGGAUCCGAGAAGUAUGAAGUUAACAGUGACAUUCUGUUUAGAACCCAGACACCUAACUUGAAAAUUGUCAUCAAGACUCCAAUCGCCGAUGCUGCCAACAUUCAGCUAAUAUUAGACACCAAUAUGGUCGACACAGAGAAGAGAUUCACCCUCUCUUUCUCGAUAAAUGAUAUAAUUUAUUCUGCUGAGUUCACUGGUCAGUUACUUUACAAAACUGGAUUCAUAAAGGUAGUCACUCUAUCACCUAUCCCAAGUUAUACUGCUGUGGACAUCUACGCCAACUACGAUUUCACAGGUGAUAUUAAGACCGUUGAAAUUAAUCUGAAGAAAGAAGGUGAGGAUCAACACAUCGCCAUAGCCACAAAAGUUAAUGAUAACAAUUUGUUCAUCGAUGUUGUUACUCCAUUUGAAGGUUAUGAAGUUUUGAAAAUGACAGGUGAUUACACACGUAACCUUGGUCGACAUAGUGUGGUGGCUUCCUUUGUUAAAAACAAUCAAACUUAUGAUUUCCACGCCGAUGUUACCCUGGAUACCAACAGUGCCGAACUUAGAUUGUCAACUCCUAUUGCAGAAAUAAAUAAUGUUAUAAUCAAUGGCAAGUACGAACUUUUUGACGACAUCAUAAAUUGUUUAGUUCACUUUGAAAGAAAUGACGAAGUUUUUGAAUUCAAGACAAAUGCUGAAUUUCAUCCGAUGAAACCUAAACUAUACGUUGCCAUUGAUACACCUAUUGAUGGCUGGAGUAAGCUCAUCCUUGACAUCAGUUAUAACGUUAUCUCCGAGAAGAAAUCUGUGGAGCUCUCUAUCCAGAAAGAAACCUUCUCCAAGACGAUCAAAAUUCAAGCAAGUCAUAACCCUGAAAGUGGUUCCUUCAAAAUUGAAACACCUAUUGAAGGAUUUGAAGUUCUUGGUGCUGAAUACACACUAAGUGUGAACCAGAAUAACAACAUAGUGCAGGCCAGUGUUAAAAUUAACCAAAAUACUGAAGAAUGGAUCUUUUCAGCCUAUGGCCGCUACGACGUCGACAACUUUAUUAUCAGUUUCCAAACUCCCUUCGAAGAAUUUGAUAGAAUAUCUAUUGAGGGGAAAAUUGAUUUCGCUGCUAAGGCUGGCAAGGGCGUCAUUCAGUUUGGCUCAAACACCUUCUCCAUCAUUACGUCCUAUGCUUUAAACAACAUGUUCUUUGAGCUAGCAACUCCAUUUUCGGUUCUGAAGUUUGUGUCACUUUCUGCAUCUUAUACAUGGACUUCAAGCCAAAAGGACGCUACAGUGACUAUCGUAUACAAUGAGAACAAUUACGUACUCAAUGGGGCUCUCACUUUGUCUGCUAGAUCAUCUGGCAUCACUCUUCGAGCCACCACACCUCUCCAGAACUUUAAAAACUUGACCAUCCAGAUCAAAUAUGAUAUCGACAACAGGGACGAACUGGUUUCAGCCUAUAUGAGAGCUGGCCAGAACAAUUACCAUUUUAUAGCUGGCGGUUACAUAGAAGACAAAUUUGCAUACUGUAAAUGGGACAUCAAGUCUCCCUUCUAUGGAUGGACGAAUGUCAAGUUUGUAGCUAAGGUUGACCUCAGACAAGAGGAUAAGUUGCUCGAGAUUUCCCUAGAGAAAGAAGAGAAUGUAAAGGCCAUUGCUAUCUCUGGAAAACUAAUUGGAAGUACAAUGGACUUUAGCCUGAAAACCCCCUUCACCGGCCUCCAGAAUGUAAACGUAUUUGGAUCUUUAGAUCGAGUAAAGAGAUCUGUUGAAUUCAGAAUGAUGAAUGACGCUGGAGAAGCCUCAUUAGUGACCAGCUUUAACUUUGUCAAGCUUCAUUUAAAAACGCCAUUUGAAAGAGCACGAGAAAUUACUUGGGAAAUAACAAAAAUAAAUGAAAAUUCAUACAGUGGUCAAUGGAGAAGAGAUGGUAGUUAUUUUACCAUCUCACUAGAAAAGGAUAACCAGUCUCGUAGUUUCAAUAUGGAGAUUAACAGUGAACUAAAAGGUUGGGAAUUUCUAGCUCUCUCUGGCAGGCUCGACGAAGAGACAUUAGAGGGCUAUGUAAGUGGUGCUAUUAAUGAAGAUGCAGUCUCUAUCCAUGUAAAAGGAACCCACGCCUCAUCAGGCGAGUUCAACCUGGAAGUAACCACGCCUUAUCAACAGUACAAAAAGGUUGAAGGUAAAUUGGUAUAUGGUGGAAGACAGCAGAAGAUUCAUUUUGAAGCAAAGUCUACGAGCUCAGAGUUCCACUACAUGUUUGAACUUAGUCGAAGAAAUGGCCUUCAAUCUCAUCUGCUAGUGCCAAACCGUCGAGAAAACACUGAAUUGAAUGUACAAAUUACUCCCUUUUUGGGAAAGAUUACCUUUGUAUCACGAUUCGCAGCGCUCAGAAAUUUCCACCUGGACUACCAAAUUGCAUUUGCUGAUGUUAUCACAGUUACCCAAAAGAUAACAGUGAAUGAUCUUAAUGUUUUCAAUAUGGUACUGGAACAUAAUAAAGACGAGGAUAAGACUCACUUAGAAAUACAUACUCGUCAUCACAACCGCCACACAAUGAUUCAUAUUCAUUACGAGAGUGGGAGCAUUUUUAAUUUUAUUGUGAAAGUUGACACGCAAGUAAAUAAUGAAACCAUAGAGAGAGAGUUUAAGGUUGAUGCAAGAGCAACAAAGGCUGAAUCUGCAACAGAGAACGAGCCUUUCAGUGGCACGAUUAAUGCUGUAAUCACCAACACAUUCCAGCCACGACCCCAGAUUACUCAUGUGAAAAUUGAAUUGAAUCGAAGCUUAACACCCAAAACAGUAAGGAUUGAAAUUAGUCGAACACCAAAUCAACUUUAUAAACUUGACAUUAGUUAUAACAUAGACAUAACUAACCCGUUCAAUGGCAACUUUGACGCAAAAAUUUACACUCCUAACAGUCCAGACACUCCAUGGAAGACUGUUUCAGGCAGCUGGAAUGUGCAAGACCCAAGAGCCUCAAGUCUUACGUUCACUGUUGAUGAAGUAACAUACACAGUUCGGGGUAAAGUUGGCCUGAGAGAAUCAACAAUGACCCUGACUGCUAGCAACAUUGAAGAGAUGAUCUUCCUUCAGUGGAAAUUUGAAAGGGAAGGCAAUUACGGAGAGUACUUCUUGAAGUUUGGAAGAGAAUCAAGUUAUUCAAUGUUGAAAUUAAAGGGAACUUUCACUGAUAUUGCCCAUGUUGAUCUAGAGGGUGGUUUCAAGGCUGGACCAUACCAAGAACAUGAAGUUCUCUUCGAGACAAAAUGGAACAAAGAAGGUGAUAAUAUCAUUGGAGGGGGAUCAUUUAAUUACGACAAUUAUCAUGGUACUCACACAUUAGAGAUAAUUCGUGGAGAUCCCCAAAAGCGGGCUGCAACAGUUAAAUGGACAGCAAACUCAAAUUAUCCUGACUUCCAGCUUAUUUCUCUAUUUGGAAAUUACGAUUUCGAUGGCAAAUUAGUAUUUCUUUCAGAAGUCAGAAUAAAUGACGAAAUUUCAAAAAUUGAAGUCAAUAUUACCAAUUUCAAUCCCAAAAAUUCUCGCAACACAAUAGAAUGGAAUAUUCCAAUCCUCUCAAAAUAUGGCCCAUUUCUGGAAUAUUUAAGCGAAUUCCAAUUAACACUUACACAUAACUUUAGAAAAGAUACUAAAAUCAUCUUGGCUGUUGCAGUGAUAAGUAAAAGUGACGCACGAUUGAAGGUUCAUUGGACGCAAAGUGACGAGUAUGACACCUUUACAAGUGGUAUUAAUAUGAGAGGGAAAUAUUUCGGUGCAGUCCGCAUCACUGGAAACUACGAUGUUUCAAAUGCUGAAAAUUUUCAUGCUGAAGUGACCUACUCGAGAAAUAGUCCAGCGAACGGAGAACACACUUUCAGCAUUAAAUGGAAAAGGCAAAUGACUUCUGGUCACUUUGAAAGCGAAAUAAUUUGGGAUUCCUCUUUUGCAACUGUUUCCCAUGCUCGUGUUUAUGUAGUGGCUGACUUCAUUGAGAACAUCAAAUUAAUAUCUGGAUUAGAAGCGAAUGACAAGGUAAUAACAGCACAAUUUGAUAUGAGCAAUAAUUCAGUUUCUGGAAAAAUAACAACACCAUUUGAAGGCUAUGAAUCAAUUGAAAGUCUAAUCACGUAUAGUCUCCUUGGCAAAAACAAAAGUGUAGUUUUAAAAUAUGAAGGCGGGGGACAGAAGAUUGAUUUCAAUUUUACCUUGAACAAGAUUAGUAAGAAAAGGGGAGAUUUUACUCUAAAUCUUAAAACACCCUUUGAAAUGAUAAGGACCCUUAAUAUUGAAGGGCGAUGGGGUAAAAAAGGAGCCACUCUAGAUUAUCAACGAAAUGAUAAUCACUACAGCUUCACAGGUGAAGCAGAAUUCCAAGGAACUAGAUCAGACUUUGACUUCUCCUUCAAAUCACCAGAAAGUCAAACGAUUAGGAUAGCUGCUUCUUAUAAUGUGCAAGACUUCAUUGCUGGAACUACAAGUAAUGAUCAGAAGCUAGCUAGUCUUGAAAUUGAGUUUGAAGGCUAUACAAUCAACUUUGACGUGCAUGGUUUCCGCAGCAGUGAGAGGAUAUAUAUGGAGAUGAGUGGAAAAUCUUCUCUUGUCGUAUUGAGAGAAUUCCAUCUGAUGAUGAACUCAGAAAUAGAUGCUAAAAGUCGUGAUGAAGUCUUCGAAAUUAAAUUAAAUGAAUUCGAAUUCAAGACUGAAAACCAUUUUGAGAGGCAUGAAAAUGAUGGCUUCUAUUUCAAGAAUAAGAUUGAGAGUACACUUACUCCUCUUCCAGCCUUGAUCUUUGGCCUUGGAAAGGAAGAUGGCGAAUAUAUUGUGACUGUGGGAUAUGGUAACGACCAAGAACUUACUGUGUCUAUCAAAGGCAAGAACAACUUUAAAUCUGGAUUUAGUGGUUCUGUUGACAUCCCUGCCUAUGGAUAUGAAGAGGUUAGAUAUGAUGUGGACUAUGGAUUUACAAGCGAUGAUGAGCUUCACAUCAAUGUCGAUAUUAAAUUGAAUGACGGUGGCAAGAAAAUCGAGGCAGACUUUAUUUAUAAUUCAGAAGGUGUGAAAGCUCGUCUAGCUUCUCCAGCAACUGGUGACCACAGCGUGCGUGUCCGACGGUCUAUCUCGUCUAACAGUUUUUUCACAGAAGUUGGCUUUGAUGAUUAUAACCUGAAACUCCGAGGUGGCUUCAAGGAUGAGGAUACUAAACGCGGCGCAGUGUUAGAAGGAGAUAUAUUUGGCAACAAGUUCCUCAUCGACUUCCUCUUCCAGUCACAAGGGAUGCAGUACUCUGAGGGAAAGCUUAUUAUUCACACACCAUUCCGUGGUAUGGAAAACAUGGGAGGUUUAUUCACACUUUCUAAUGUAGACAACAAAAUUAUGGCUCAUGUUGAAGUGCUCCUUCCCUCAUAUACAACACCAAAAAUAAUUGGAGAGCUUAAAUUAGAUAUGAAUGAGAAAAUUGAUGGCUAUUUGACAAUUGAUGUGGCUGGUGAACAGUUCACUCUCAAGAGUAAUCUUGCUGGUGCUUCAGUAAGUCAAGGCUACCGAGGCACUGUAGAGCUGUAUACACCUUUCCAUGCUAUAUCAACCGUUAUUAUCAAUGGGAAAAUCAAAAUGGAAUCUUUGUCGUCCUUGGAAGCUGACGUGACAGUCGUUGAACCUUAUGAUACACACGAAUUGAAAGUAAAAUACCAACUCUCUCCAGAAAAACUUACAGCCAUCAUUAAUAUUGACGGCAGACAAUAUGGAGGGGUAAACACGAGUUUAAUCCUGGAGGGCUUCGGUACUGCACACAAUAAAAUAAAAUUAACCAUUAAUGAUGAUGAAUUAACUGCAGAGUACACCAUGGGCGAAGCUACCUUUAUGUUCAACUUGAAUUCUGUAAUUAUGAAUGUUUCACGCCAGCUCUCUAUUGAAGCUAAGUACCCAUCAUUAGAAGCUUUGGAAGCCACUCUUAUUAUUAUGCUCGGACAUCAAACUCAUAAUAUCCACGGAAAUUUCAACAUCGUCAGCAAUCGCAUUCAAGGUGGAAUAGAGAUAGAAUCUUCUCUAAUUGAGGGAACACGGAAGUUGAUUUUUGACAUUUCAGUCCCAAGUUCUUCUUACAAACACGCUAUCUUUGACGUGACACUGUCUACGUUGGAAACUCAUUCCUUUUAUUUUGAACUCGAUGCAAGGACUGGUGUUCGUGCCACUGUAAAAGUCGAUACUCCCAUCUUCCCUAAGACGACUCUUGCCAUUGAAUAUUUUGCUGACAGUGUUGAACUUGUCAUUGAGACUCCCACAGGAACUCACAAGGUUCGGGGUACAUGGCGUGUAACUCACAAGACGCCUAUUGAUCUGUUGGCUACUGUUGAGGUGAUGUCUCCUCUCCUCAAAGAGACUUAUACUUUCAGUGUAAUGCUUAGUGGUGGCAGUACAAAUGGCGUGGGCAAGGCAGAGCUCCAAGUAGGCAAUGUACGACAUGCUAUUGAAGCAAGUACAUCCAUGAGAAGAAAUGGAGGUGGUUUUAACCUAAAUAUCGAAACACCAUUCAAAAACAUCAAUGAAGCUACAUUUGAAGCUUCCUUAGAUUUUGGGGAUAAAGUUCAGUUACAAGUAACGGCUAAUCUGGCUGGAAAAAUUAAUGCAUUUAAUUUUGAUUUCGACAAAGAGAACAAAACCUUCUUAACAGUUGUCCAAUCACCCUUCAUCCCUACUGGACUAGUUAGCGCGGAAGCUGCACUAACUGGCGACAUGAAUAAAAAUAUGCAUUUCAAAGCCGCCCUAAAGAACAAUAAGAAAGCUAUAUCAGGUAUUCUUGAUUUGAAAAUUCCUUCUCCUCACAACAUUAAAGUAAACUUGAAGGUUGCAACUCCUUUCAGGGGCUAUAAGAAGAUGAACUUUGUUGCCCAAUAUACGAAGGAUGAAUUCACAACCAUAAUUCUAUCUCUAGAUAAACCAGUCAUGUUUAAAGUGAAUGUUCAGUUCCUUAAUACAUUCACUGCAGUCAAGGGUAACCUUAAGAUUGAAACUUCCAUUGAAGACUUCGAAAACAUUGAGGCUGACUUAGAUAUUCCCCUUUCCAAAUUCGCUCCAAGAGCAGUCUUGACGCUGCCUAAUCACAAGUACGGCAUUGCUGCAGACUUCGAACGUGACGAUGUUACAAAGAUGUCUGCUGAGCUACACCUGGACGACGUUUCUUACGAUGGCAACUUGGCCCUGAGGACCAAGGCGCCCUAUGUGCUGGCCUAUGACUACCAACUCCCCGAUAUUAGCAGCAAUAAGUUCCACCUCAGAAUUGACUCCUCAAUCAUAUCUGCAUUUGUUUAGGGAUAAUGUUAACAGUUUAGUUUUUAAAGAAUCUUCCAUCGAUAGCUCAGCCUCUAGUCAUAGAUAUUCAGACCAUGUCAAUAUUUAAUCGUGUAUUUAGAGAAUUCUACAUAUAAUUAAAUAUUUGUGCAUAUCGAAGGAGAAUAUGUGUGUUAAUUUCUAGGAGUAAACAUAACAUUAUUGCUUAUAUCUGACUUGGUUAUGAUUAUCCUAUAAUCAUGUAUAUAAACUAUUAACACUCAAAAUAUGUAACCCAUGUAUCUGCAAUAAAAAGAUUUCAUA